AUGACUGGCACGAUCGACUUCAGGGUCUACAAAGGCUCCGCUUCUGGAGCUAUUGUCGAAGCCCAUGGGCAUCGUACCCUUGGACCUACCGAGGCCAUCGUUGAUAUCACGCACUGUGGCGUCUGUGGUACUGAUGAGCACUAUCGGCAGGGGGACAUGGGGUUAGGCCAUGAGUGGGUCGGGAUUAUCAAGGAGCUUGGCAACAACGCGGGAAGAAUCAGUGAUCUGAAGGUUGGCGAUCGUGUUGGUAUGGGCUGGAUGCAGAAGGUGUGUCUGCACUGCGAGAGUUGCUUGAGUGGAGAGCAUGUUAGAUGUUUGAAUUCGAUCCAGUUUGGGGAUGGAAACUGGGAUGAAGGCGGAUUCGGGACGGGCGGUUGUUGGGAUGUUGGUAGUCUCUAUCGGAUCCCAGACGAAAUCAAGAGCGAGCAUGCCGGACCAUUGAUGUGUGGAGGUGCAACGGUCUUCGGGCCACUUUACGAACAUGGGAUGCUGCCCGGAUCGCGGGUUGGUGUAGUCGGAAUUGGCGGGCUUGGGCACCUAGCCAUUCAGUAUGGGCAGAAGAUGGGUUAUGAGAUGGUUGUCUUCUCAGGCACGGAGUCCAAGAAAGCAGAGGCGUUGAGCUUCGGGGCAGCCGAGUUCCAUGCUACAAAGGACGUGAAGCAAUUCGAGGGCGUUGAACCUAUCGAUCACCUGCUGAUCACAACGAGCUUCUUGCCAGACUUUGAGCUCUUCGCACCUGUUCUCAAGAAAUUCGCAAAGAUCUUUCCCUUGACGAUCACUCCGGAACCUCUCGCAGUGCCUAUGUUAGGACUGGUUGUGGGCGGGUGGAACAUCAUUGGAAGCGCGGGUGCGAGAACGAACAGCUUGCGCAAGAUGCUCGAUUUCACGGCUAAACAUGGUAUCAAGCCACAGAUUGAGCUUUUCCCAAUGACACAGCAGGGAGUGACAGAUGCGAUGCAGAAACUCAAGGAGGGCAAAAUGAGGUAUCGAGGUGUUGUCACCGUUCAGUGA